UCAUGUAUCUAUUGCGCGGAUCGGUUCAAACCUGGUGUGCAUGGAGAAUCGCACAUUGACUCUCGUAUCCAUGACAACCGUGUCACACAGCCAGGUCACGAGCUUGACCUACAACCUUGGCCCCGUUUCUCAUCCGGGGUUCGAAGGCAGGAGUGAGUUAAUAAACCCGUCGAACAACACGAGAGAAGACGAGAUCGAGUUCAAAGUCUCGCUAUUAAUAUCUGACCACGUGAUGAACACGCAGGGUUCCUUCAUCGCCAUAGCAACCACGUUGACCGGAAACAACGGCGUCCCGUCGACCGGACACACGUCCGUAGGCGUCCUCGUUACGGAAACCGAGCGUCCUGAACUCAUCAUCAGCUUCCUUAUGGAAACGUUUCUACACACGCAAAAGAUGUCUGGAGAUAACGUGACGUGCACGGUUCUACUGCGGUCAACAAACACCUCCACGGCGCAUGCGCAAGAUGUAGCCGUGCACGUGUUGACGCCCCCGUACGUCGGUGUUGGACAACUCAUAGACGCUGUUGACGCCAACGUGACUGUUACCACCGACCCGGCUACGGGAAUCACCUUCAAAAUUUCCGAGAUAGACUUCACAGAUAACGUCAGUUUUAUUUUCAACCUGGUUCUCGAUCCCAAUAGGGCCUUUCCGGUAGGUUUAAUGCACGUUCCCACUGUACUUCCGGUUGACGUCACAUACCGGGGUGCACAGCGUCCGGACCGCGCGGACACGGGCGAGCUGUACUCGGACAUCAUCGUAAAAGAGUUCGGCUUUCACACGGGUAGUCCGGCGGCCCUGGGUAUCGAGUCCGGCACAGUACAGGCCUGUCAGCUCACUGCAUCGUCCAGUCGGGCCUCCAACCCGCCCACACAGGCCCGCCUGAACGGAAGUGGCGGCUGGAAACCGCUCGUCCGGGGAGCGCCAUUUUGUGGCAUGGAAUAUCUGCAGGUUGAUUUCGGCUCUUCCGCCUACAUAACGGGCAUACGACUCCAAUCAAGCGCGGAUGACGCGCAAAAUGUGAUGACGUCAUUUUACGUAACAUACAGCGAAGACUCCUAUGCGUGGUAUAACGUCACUGACAACGGCGGAUUCGCGACGAAAGAAUUUUCCAUCAACGUUCCUGGUAACGCUAACGUCAAUGACGCCUAUGAUAUAACGCUGAACGAGACGCAACAUUUCUGGACACGUUACGUGCGCCUGGUAUCCACUGACACACGCUGUUCCGUGGGAGCGAGGAUAGAACUGCUGGGUGUUAAACAGGCAUCAGCGCCGGUUGUCUGCGCCACUCUGGAGACCUACGUGAGUCCAGUCCCGGACCAGAGUUACGUGGUGAACCCGACCACAGGCACCGUGUUCGUGUGCGGCCUCACGCAGAUACAUGGAGAAGUGGCAUGUUCUAGAUCAGACCAGAUCGGAGCGUACUGGCAAGCAAUUUACGACAACGUGGGUUACGUCAUUGGCGUUAUUGAUAAUACCAGUGACGUCAUAGCCAUGUCACGUGACAGCACUGCGCACCUCCUCAGUGAAGAUGACGGAAUCACGUGGGACGUUCUGACCAAUGAACAUCUGGCAGAGCUCCUGAGCCAACCAGGAUACGUGUCUGCCACGGUGUUUCCGUACGGUGACUACAGGGAUGUGACGGUCAACACCAUGUACAACAACCAUGGAGUCAACGGUCCAGGCUUCACCUUGACGGGUGUAAUGGAGGGCGUGGCAGUAAAGGACGGGGGCCCGUGGAACGUGCUGGCUUGGUGGGGCACCCAGGACUGGGACCUCCUCUAGGGGAGACAACCCACUCCUUCAUCUCGUGUAGGGGAGGCAAUCACGAUAUACCAUUGGCGAGUUGUCGGACUUGUGUUACCAACCGUUAGCGAAUUUUGAAUGUUCGAUAUAUAAUGAUUUUGUAAAUAUUUGCGUGUUUGUUAAGAAUUUGUAUUUAACCGGCAACUGUUCUUCAACUAUUAUACCAGCUUCUUUGAACCUGCGUCCAAUAUUCAUUUCAAAUUAAGAUAAGGAUACGAUGAACUGUUUAUUUUAUAUCAGCAAAUGCUGUCAGAAUUUCCCACUUCUUUCAAUUUAGGCACGGCCUAUAGGAUGUUAAAACGUUUACAUACACGUUGCAACAGUCUAGUUCUAGGAGAGUAAAAAUGUAUACAGAGCAACCAAUAAUAAACAUGAUUGUAACAAGGAUAGAACAAUAUAAAACAAAAAAGUA